AUGAAAGCAGGUUUUAUGAACAUGAAUUCCAGUGACGUCGAAUAUAAUGAUGAUAUGCAAUUUAUUGAAAAAAUAAGAAAAAGAAAUGUUCAUAUAAGUGAUGAUGAUUUCGGUGCAUUUGAAAAGUACACUAAAGUUGUUAAACCUCAAGGUAAAGAUGCAGUUGGUCGAAAUGGCAAUGAAGAUCCAAAUCAUGUUAUGUCUAGUCAAGAACCUGUACUUGAUAGAUCAAUACGAACAUCGAAAAAAAAAUUCUGGUCCGAGUUUACAACAAUGAGUACACAAGUGAGACGUGCUGCAUCAUUGGUAAAACCUUGUGUUACAAUUGCUAAUGUUUCAUAUCGAAUGGUGAGAUGUGUCACACGAGAAAUUCAACAAUGGUAUAUUGGUUGGCGUCUAUUACUUCCAGAAACAGUUGUUAAUCAUACCAUAAUAAAAGAAAAAUUAAGAAAAAGUUUAGUUAUGAUUGAACGAAGAAUGCCACAAGCAUCUCCACCUCAGUCAUAUACUAUUAAUAAUUGUAGUAUUAAAAUAUCAUCAUCAACUAUUAUUUCAUCAAUUAAAGGUCGUGUUGAAAAAGAAGCUACUAAACAUAAUCAAUCGUUUUUAUCAAUACCAAAUCGAACAUUUUCAGGGAAAACAAAUUUAUUAAUUUGA